AUGGAUGAAGAGGUUCAGGCCGAGCAGCUCAUGGCCGAGGAAAGAGAUCGAGCCGAGCAGCUUAUGGCUGAGGAUGGAGAUGAGGCCGCGCAGCUUGUACCUGAGGAGAGCAUGGCCAUACCAACUGGUCCGAUCACUCGUUCACAAACUAAGGCACUGAACCAAGAGAUUGGCAAAGUCCUUAGCCGUUUGAGUCGGCAAGAAGCCAAGCUAACCACACUGGUUUGCUUGAAGGCCUUACACAUGGGAUAA